AGGGGCGGGCUUUAACAUGUAGGAUUUCCUGUCAUGUCAUUUGAAAGCAGCUAAAAGCGUGACGUGAAUGCGACUGAAACGAGGGAAACGUCAAACCCCGUUGUAGCGUACGUGUACGGAGCACAGUUUUGUCUAACUUUGCAUUCAGUAACCCGCGUACAUGUUAAACGUGCAGAGCAGGUAGACGAAUAGUCUCCUGACAUGAGGUUUGUUGACGGUUCCUGGAAUAAGCAGAAUGUGCUCUACAUGUUGUGACUACGUCAUGCUCUAGAAUGUGAGGCGUGCACUUCGAAGCGUUUCACGUCUCGGUGUUCCUGAGCUUCCAUCGAGGGAAACGGGUCUUAUUUAACAGUUGAAAUAAAGUGAUCUUAAAGCGUUCUUUGUGCCCGUUCCUUGGGUAAAGGGCACCUGAGUUUUUCCCUCCACCCGCCCAUGGACAGCCAAGCCUGGCUGGAGUCCUCCCUGCAGCGCUCUGCCAGUCUGGGCUUGGAGGUGCUGCAGCGAGCCUCCAGGCGGAGUGUGGACUGGGCGAGCACUGCAUCCCAAAACCCCACUAUGGCAGAUGAAGACACAGAUAUAGCUGAUGAGAGAAAUCCCACAGAGCUUGAUGAUGCCUUUGCAAAAAUCGCUGAGUUCAUGGCACAAACCACUAGUCAUUGCAAAAGAUUUUACGAGUCUGGCUGUUGCACGGAGCCCAGUGACAUUGAAAAGAAACACAUGUCCAGGUUUCACACACAGCCAGCAUCUGCAAAGACAACAGCUGCGCUACCAACCAGGAAAUGCAACAAAUACCAACACCACGUGUCUGGCUCCAGUGAGGAUUUUUAUAUCGAGCUUUCACCUGGAACAUAUGCCAUCACUGCCAGUAUGGCAGAGUCACAGCAGCAGACUCAGCUGGUCAGUGUUAAAGCUGGGGAGAGUGUCAACCUCACCUUUGACCUUUGACCCUUGAUUCAUCGGCUGACCAAACCUGCCACCCUUAACCUUCAAUAACAACUGACCAUUGCACAUGCUCUUUGUUUGUUUCUUGCUUCUUGUAUAUAGAUUUUUGCAUUAAGAGUUUACAUUUUAUUUUACUGUAAUGCACUUAAACACAUUCUUACCUGCACUAAGACC